AUGUUUGGAAGAAAAAGUCGUGGGAUAGAUAAUACGGGUGACUGGAUCUCUGCUACGACUUCUGAAGGAGAUGAUGAUACAGAAGAUGGGCGAGAUCCUGCAAACCGAUUGUCAGAAGAUUUGAGGAAGUCAAGAAUGGGAUUCACGCAGGGCCCUGAUGACAGCUUCAAUGAAAGCGAGUUCAAUGAACAGGUUGAAGCAUUACGAAGCUCCAUCCCAGCACCUCCAAUGAACUUUAAACUGAGGGAGGAUCAUUUGUCAGGAAGCUCAUUGAAAGGUGAUUCUCUAUUAAUGUUUUCUUGUUUUGUAAUUUCUUUUACUUUUCUAUCUUGGUUGAAAGGCAAGGGUGAAGUUACUCUAUUGGAGGCAAAUCCGUGGAUAACCCCCAUAGUACACUGUACUUUGUUGCUUCAACCUAGGAAACAAAAUUUCUGGUGUUGUAGUAGCAACUUUUUGGCUGAUGAAUUUGAAGCUGUGAAUAGCUAAAAAAACAUUCCAUUU